GAGAAAUUCUUGUAGGGACAUAUUUCCAAUUAUUACUAAAUGACAUUGCAUGACUUCUAUUUCACCUUUUCAGUAGCAUUUCUACAUUUGAAGAGAAAAGUUCUGCGAUCAUUUCGUCCCUAAAAUUUUGAGCUUAACGUCUGGAAGGAUAAAUAGUUAUAUUGAGUUAAACUAACUUCGACAUGUCUGACACCACCAUUCUUGACGCCCUGGUAGUCGGUGCCGGGUUUUCUGGAAUUCACACCCUUUGGAAGUUACGCAAGCUUGGGUUUUCCGUAAAAAUUUACGAAACAGGCAACGGUCUGGGAGGCACUUGGUGGUGGAACCGAUAUCCUGGCGCCCGUGUGGACAGUGAGACUCCGAUUUACCAACUCUCCGAAGAAACAGAAGUUUGGUCCGACUUUGAGUGGCGAGAGCGGUUCCCCGGCAGAGAAGAGUUGCAACGAUAUUUCAACCACGCUGAUAAGAAACUUGGACUUCGGAAGGAUGUCGUUUUCAACACAUGCGUCACUGAAGCAGCCUGGGACGAAUCUCGUCACGUCUGGAUUGUCAAAACCAACACGGGUCUGACCACGUUGGCUCGACAUCUCAUCCUCUGCACGGGUUUUGCAGCGAAACGAUUCACCCCAAAUUUUCCAGGGCUUGAAAAAUUUAAGGGCGUCAUCCAUCACUCCGGCGUGUGGCCAGAGGAGGGCGUUAAUUUCGAAGGGAAAAAGGUCGCCAUUAUCGGAACAGGAGCUUCGGGAGUACAAAUUAUUCAAGAGAUCGGCCCUGUCGUGAAACAUCUCACCGUGUAUCAAAGAACCCCCAACUUGGCCAUACCCAUGAGACAAAAGUACCUCAAAGACGAUGUGAACUCCUCCCUUUGGAAAUUCCCUGAAAUAUCGCGAUACCCAGAAAUUUUCCGAAAAUUGAAGGAUACCUUCGGCGCUUUAAUAAUCGACCUGGACUUCACGGAGAAAAAAUUUGACUCCUCUUCAAAACAGGAGAGACUCGCUCUCUAUCAAUAUUUGUGGGAUUAUGGAGGCUUUUCUUUCUGGUUGGCGGGAUUCAAGGACAUUUUUUACGUCCAGGAAGCGAACGACGAAGUCUACGAUUUUUGGUCGGAAAACAUCCGCGCUAGGAUAGAUGACCCCGUCAAGAAGGACUUGCUAGCGCCUAAGAAAGCGCCGCAUGCAUGGGGCACGAAGAGACCCUGUCUCGAGCAAGCGUACUACGAGGUGUACAAUCAGCCCAACGUGGAUCUUAUCAAUGUUAAGGAAUCCCCAAUCUUGGAGAUUACUGAGACCGGGGUGAAAACGAAAAACGAAGGUGUCAUCGAUGUCGACGUCCUCAUCCUGGCGACCGGUUUUGAUUCGGUGACGGGGGGAAUUCUCGACAUCAAGAUAACCAACGGGGAGGGUGUAACGAUUCAGGAAAAGUGGCGUGGGGAGAACGGGACGGAAACUUACUUGGGUCUGAGCACUAAUGGUUUCCCGAACACGUACUGGUUUUAUGGACCACAUGGUCCGACAGCGUUCUCCAACGGACCUACUUCCGGGGGUCUGCAGGCCGAUUGGGUGGUCGACCUGAUGGUGAAAAUGAGAGAGGAGGGCAAGACCCGGGUGGAGGCGCAAAAACCGAGUGAAAAGGAGUGGACCAAGGCCCUGAGAGACGAGUGGUACUCCUCCCUUUUUCCCCCAACGGAUUCUUGGUACCAAGGGGCCAACAUUCCGGGGAAGAAGAGGGAGCCGUUGAAUUAUUUGGGUGGCAUUCCGGCCUAUAUUGAGGAGUUGGAAAAAUCCAAGAAUAAUAAUUAUGCCGGCUUUACCAUUGUGUGAUUCAAUUAUGAAAUUUAAAACACAUUUCUUGUUGUUUUAUAACUGCCUCUUGUCGUAGUAACUAAAGUAGAUUUAAUUUGCAUAAUGCUCAUCAGUUGAUGUCUUGGUUCAUUAUGUUCACUCUUGGUUAAAAUGUUCUUGUUUUCAACAUCAAUAAAAAAUAAUUUGUUCUAAUCUAUAAGAAAUAACUUUUCUGCAGUAAUAAAUAUGAAAGUCGAAUAGGUAAAGGUUAACGUAAAACAA